UGUAGUUCACGGAACAUUUUCAUCUUUGGAAAUAAUUGGAAAUAUUAGUAGCUAAAUGUUAAUAAACUGACAGCUUGGAAUAAUUAAUUUAUAUAUACCAUUGUAUGCUGAGAUUAAUUGCAUAAGAAUAACUUUGUAAGAGCGCCAUUUCAAGUUCACCAGUCUGAAUUGUAUAAGAAUUUUCUAGCUAACAACAUUCUUGCCAUGUCCUGUUAUUUUAAAUUCGUAACAUUUAUUUCAGGGAUAUUGUUAUUGGAAUACAUAUUUUCAUUUUGAAAAAGUAAACAACAUAAGUUGAAGUAUAUAAAGUGUAGAUAAAUAGAACAAUUCUGAAAAAAAUCAGAGUCUUUAGGAGUAUUCGGACAGAACAUUUAAAAGAAAAUUGUGACAUUAAGAGGACCAGAAUCACAAACUGUGUGGAAUUAAUCGCCAAAAUUGUCUUGCAAACGGGAGACUUGAUCUGACAUUGUGAAUUCUUAAAUUGGAAUGGGAUAUUUUGUGGCUUAAUUGUAAUACAAGGAGAACAUAUUCACCAAGCAUUGUUUUUAAUUUUUAAGCAGAAACCAGACAAUAAAAACAGUCACUGGUAAUUGGAGAAGAGAUCUAGUUGUUACAAUCUAGUUAAACUUUAAAAAUCUGGAAUAGUUUAACAUGAUGAAUCCAGAUAGUUAUCAAGAAACGUGACUCUUAUAUUGUUGGACAAACCAGGGAUAUUUUAUCACCACUUGAACAGGUGGUGAUGGAGGGCAGCUGUCCACCUAACAACACCACAUUAGUUCCCGCCAUGGACAACGCAACGCUAUCCCCAGACGACAUUCUGGCCAACAAUGUCCAGUACUACAGCAUGGAGAUUGGUGUUCGCAUCGUCUGCAUAUUUGGAAUGAUCGGGAACGUUCUGAACUUCAUGGUACUCACACGAGAGAAAAUUAGCCACUCGUUGACAAAGAUGGAAAAAUCUGCUCAUAUUGGAUUGAUAGGUUUAGCGCUUUCAGAUUUUAUGUUUUGUUUGCUUGCAUUUGCAUACACACAAGUGGAAUUUCAAGAUAAAUACAAAGAUUUGGGCCUUUUGGCCUACUUUGAUUGGCUGAGUGGACCAUUCAUCACUUGGUUUAUAGUGACCAGUACUUGGCUCACUGUUGCGAUGGCAGGUGAGCGAUACUUGGCUGUUUGUCAUCCUUUCAAGGCAAGGAAACUGAUUUCAUUGAAGAAGACGAGGGUCAUUAUUAUCCUGAUUUAUGCAGUUUGUUUGGCCAUGACCAUUCCACUUGGCUUUGAGAAAAUAAUCAAAGAAACAUUUGACUGUGAUCUGCGACGUACUGUAUUUGUGAUAGAAAAGAGGCCCGUUUUCACUGAUGCAGUAAUUGGAAUACGCAGGCUAGUCUGGGCUAUUGUAUUUGAUUUUAUUCCCUGCAUAGCUCUGUUAUAUUUCAAUACUUGUCUCAUUUAUAAAAUACAUCAUGCCAAGAGACUACGCAGUGCAAUGGCUCCGGCACAAAAUCAAGAGGUCCUUUUGACGAAAUAUCCUCGUGAACUCUUCUCUUACAACUCCAACUCUGGUGGAUCGUCUCAGUCAAACUGUCACUCCUUAAAGUUGCGUCAAGACUCGAGCAAUAGUCAACACCAUCAUGUGAACAGGAAUCAUCACCAGCAAACACACCUUCAUCCUCAUCACCGGCAUAAUCAUAAUCACAGAAAUUCGUACAACAAUCAAAGUUGGCGCUCUAGUCCCCAAGGGUCCCUGGCUCGUAUUGCCACACCGGUGAAGAAACAGAUGCGAGCACGCAGACGCCAAACGGACAAUGCCUUAAACAGUGUCACUGCCACUCUUGUAGCUGUGGUAGUGCUCUUUCUGAUAUUAGUGUCGCCAUCAGAAAUCCUGAAAUUCAUAUAUACAAUAAGCGGUGGAACUAAUACCCAUACUUACAAGAUCAUCAGAAGUAUUACGAACCUAAUGCAAGCAAUCAAUUUUUCUGUGAAUUUUGUGCUCUACUGUGCUGUGAACAAAUCUUUCAGGACAAGUUUGAAAGCCAUUUUCUGUUUUUUAUGUCGAAGAGGGCGCCGAACUUUCCAUCUUCGAAACUUGGAAAGAGCUUAUUGUCACAAGAUGGAAUUUUCUGAAUCAGAGUCAUAAAUGUAUUUGACGAAAUCAAUUUUCUUAGAUUACUAUACAGAAAUAUGAUAUAAAAUAUCUUUCAUUAUGGUAAAGUGAUUCAAUAUCUUUGUUAUAUAUUUUGUCUUGUUGAUUAUUGACUGUCAUUAAAAGUGCUGUAAUAUUUA